CCCCAGUCUCUCCGUCUCCUCUGACCUCUGUUCUCCCCUUGUUGUCAUCGCACCCCUUUCAGCACCCCCUGACUGAACGACCAGUUUGCCAGUCACUCUUUGCCUUUGAACAGCAGGCACGUCCCCUCUUGAAUGCCUCUCCCGGACCCCCGCCCCAAGCGACUGAAAAAGGAAACAUGCGCACUUCAGAGCUAGGAGCUGUCCGAGUGCUGAAAUUUAUAGGCUGGGAAACUAGAGUCCUGCCAGGUUUCGAAUCUGGACAAUAAAUAGAUACUUUGUCCUAGCGUCUUUCUGGAAUCUUUUCGGGAUAUUUUCCAUAAGCAUCACGGAAACAGGAAUGAACCGGCAGCUAGUGAACAUUUUGACAGCCUUGUUUGCCUUUUUCUUAGAGACAGACCACUUCAGGGUGGCUUUCUGCAAAGACCAUGACUCCAGGUCUGGAAAACAGCCUUCGCAGACCCUAUCUCCUUCCGAUUUCUUGGACAAAUUAAUGGGAAGAACUUCAGGAUAUGAUGCAAGAAUCAGGCCAAAUUUUAAGGGUCCUCCAGUAAACGUUACUUGCAAUAUUUUUAUCAACAGUUUUGGAUCAGUCACAGAAACCACCAUGGAUUACCGAGUGAACAUUUUUCUGAGACAACAGUGGAAUGAUUCACGGCUGGCAUACAGUGAGUACCCAGAUGAUUCCCUGGACUUGGAUCCAUCUAUGCUAGACUCCAUUUGGAAACCAGAUUUGUUCUUUGCCAAUGAGAAGGGGGCCAACUUCCACGAUGUCACCACUGACAACAAAUUGCUGCGGAUUUCAAAAAAUGGCAAAGUGCUCUACAGUAUCAGGCUCACCUUGACUUUAUCCUGCCCCAUGGACUUGAAGAACUUUCCAAUGGAUGUCCAGACCUGUACAAUGCAGCUGGAGAGUUUUGGGUACACGAUGAAUGACCUGAUAUUUGAGUGGUUAAGUGAUGGCCCGGUGCAAGUUGCUGAAGGAUUGACCCUGCCUCAGUUUAUUUUGAAAGAAGAGAAGGAACUUGGCUACUGUACAAAGCAUUACAACACUGGAAAGUUUACCUGCAUCGAGGUCAAGUUUCACCUGGAACGUCAAAUGGGAUAUUAUUUGAUCCAGAUGUACAUCCCCAGCCUGCUGAUAGUCAUUUUGUCCUGGGUCUCUUUUUGGAUAAACAUGGAUGCAGCCCCUGCCAGGGUUGCACUGGGCAUCACUACAGUCUUAACGAUGACUACCCAGAGUUCAGGUUCCAGGGCAUCUCUGCCAAAGGUAUCCUACGUGAAAGCGAUUGACAUCUGGAUGGCAGUGUGCCUUCUGUUUGUGUUUGCUGCCUUACUGGAAUACGCAGCAGUGAACUUUGUCUCCAGGCAACAUAAGGAGUUCCUGCGCCUCCGGAGAAGACAGAAGAGGCAGAAUAAGGAAGAAGACGUUACUCGUGAAAGUCGUUUUAAUUUCAGUGGUUAUGGGAUGGGUCACUGCCUCCAAGCGAAAGAUGGAACAGCUGUCAAGGCCACACCUGCCAACCCGGUCCCACAACCCCCAAAAGAUGCAGACGCCAUCAAGAAGAAGUUUGUGGACCGGGCAAAAAGGAUUGACACGAUAUCUCGAGCUGCCUUCCCAUUGGCCUUUCUCAUUUUCAACAUCUUUUACUGGAUCACAUAUAAGAUCAUUCGGCAUGAAGAUGUCCACAAGAAAUAGAUGUGCCCUACAGACCUGGGACCUUCUUGCCUCAGCAUUGUGCUUGUAAAUACACAGUGAAAUUGUCUUUAUAUCACUUUGACGGAGGAGAAGAUUGAGGGA